GAGAUGUCCUUCCUGGCUAAGAAAUGUGGCCUCCAGUUACAGCCGCCCUCUAUCAUUCUCAUCUAUGAGGAUCAGCUCAAGAAUAACAUCCGCAAGCGCAUCAUGCCUGUUCGGAAUUUCUCCAGGUUUUCAGAUUGCAGCAGGGCAGCAGAACAGCUAAAGAAUAACCCUAGACAUAAAGCUUAUUUGAAUGGAGUUUCACUGGAACAGCUACAAAAGUUACACCGUUUACUGAGAUGCCACUUGGAGGGACAAAGUCUAACUCAGAGUUUGGAGCAAAUUAAGCGGGAAGAAACACUUGAUCCGGAAGAAGACUUGAACAAACUGGAUGACAAGGAGCUAGCCAAGAGGAAAAAAAUCAUGGAUGAGUUGUUUGAAAAGAACAGGAAAAAGAAAGAUGAUCCUGAUUUCAUCUAUGAUGUCGAGGUGGCAUUCCCACAGGAUGAGGAGCUUGAAUCCUGUGAGUGGGACACAAAGUCAGAUGAGGAGUUUUGACCCAGAAGAAUGCUCUGGGCUUAUGGUGUGUUACCCUGGGAAUGAAAAAAAAAAACCCAAAAUAAUAGGCCAUUGUAUUUUAGCAACAAAAACUUGAUUUUGAAAGCCAGUUAUAUCUUGUCAAUUAUAUCAAAGUUAUUUUUUCCUAUUUUUAGCAUAUAAAAAUGUUGUUAACUUUUUUUUAAA